AUGGGAAGAAAUUAUUUUCCUACUACUUGGACUUUAGAUUCUGUUAUACCUCCUGAACAAAUGACUGAUGUUGUCACAAAUUCAGAAUAUUCCCAUAUUACGCAAAAUUCUAAUGGUAAUAUUAUCAAAGCUAUUUAUCCUCUUCAGGAACCGUUUAUACUACCUAAUAAUACAAGUAUUACUUUCACUGAUUUUCAAAAGUUUAUUGAAAAUGAUGUGGCUACGGCUUCUACGUCAAAACAGCCGGAUGUGCAUAUUCAAAGACCUCCUGAAAUUCAAGAUUUUGUUUUUAAACCCCUAUAUGAUCUUGAAAAACUUCUUGAUAAAAAGUUUUCGGAAUUUGGUGCUCAACCUAUUAAUUUAUCUGAAGAUUUUGCAGAUGAGAUGGAAACCACUUUUGAUUUUAAAAAUCAAAUUGAUUUGGAAAUUAAUAAACUUCGUGGUUAUCCCAAGAAGAAUAGUGGCAAUACUAAAUAUGCUCAUCAACCUACUAUGCAAACUUAUUAUUAUCCCAGACCGACCCCUCAAGAUGUUUUGAUAGAGGAACGUGAUUUGAACCAAACUAAUACUUCUUAUAGUGGAAGCGAGAUAUAUGAAUGGAAUCUCGACGGUUUAACUGAUAGGCAAUUAACUAUUAUUGUUCAUAGAAUGCUUAUGUAUGUUAUUAUUUGUAAGAGUGUUAAUAACACCGAUAGAACUAUUUGCAAAAUGGUAAUUGCAGGUUUCAUUGGUCAACUUAGAGGUUGGUGGGAUAAUUAUAUGAGCCUUGAGGCGAAAGUCGCUGUACUUAAUGCUAAGGCUGUUAAUAGAGAAGACGUUGUUUAUACUCUGGUCUUGACUAUUCUCGAACAUUUUAAUGGUAGAUUUACCAAUCAAUAUGAAACUGUGCGUUCAUUGCUAAAUGGUCUUAGAAGUAGACAUUUAGGUGAAUUCCGAUGGUAUAAAGAUACUUAUUUAAGUCGGGUUAUGGAACUACCGGAAAACGGUCUUGAGCAUUGGAAAGCUAAAUUUAUAGAUGGUCUUCCUCCUUUAUUUGCGAAAAGAGUUAAGAAAACCUUGAGGGAUGCACAAGGGGUUAUUCCGUACAAUUCCUAUACUUAUGGUAAGUUAAUAGGAGCCUGCACUCAAGAAGGCAUAAACAUGUGCAACGAAUUGAAGCUAUCUAGGCAGCUUAAGAUUGAUAAGCUUAGAGAAAGAUCUCAAUUAGGAGAUUUCUACACCCAGUUUGGUUUACCAGAUUCAGGUAAGCAGACCAAACCUAGAGAUUCUAGAGACUCUAAUCCCUAUAAACCUUAUAGAAGGAAAAGGUCUAGGCGAAGAUCUAGGGAAGAACGGGAAGAGCGAAGAGCUCAUCGUAAAUCUAAUCGAUUUACAAAGAAUACGUCUAGGCGAGAUCUUGCAAAGAUUAAGUGCUACAAGUGUGGAAAAUUUGGGCAUAUAGCACCAAAUUAUAGGCUUCAAAAGCUUAAAACUCUAGAGUUAGAGGAAGAUAUGCAUGAUAAGAUCUAUAGUUUCUUGUACACCUCUGGUUCUGAGUCCAAUUAUGAUGAUGACGAUUAUUCUGAAUCAGGUUCUGAAACUGAUAAACCUGAAACAUCUGGCAAUACUCAGUCAGUGACCAUAGAUGCUUGUAAAUGUAGAGGUGAUAUUUGCUCUUGUGAAAAUGAUGAAUUUUAUAAAUUACAAUCUCAAUUUGAAGUUAUGAAUAUUAAAACUAUUACUUCCGAUAAUGUGAUAGAACUUACUGAUAACACGUUGCGUGAAAAGAUUAUUCAGCUUGCUGCUAAUAAUAUGGCUAGCUCAUCUAAUGUUGUUGAAAAAUAA